GUGAAUCGUCACAUUAAGAACGGAGAUGUGAUGUUACUGAACCGACAGCCCACUCUGCACAGACCCUCCAUACAAGCCCACUGUGCUCGCAUCUUACCGGGAGAGAAGGUUCUGAGGCUUCACUACGCUAACUGCAAAGCAUACAACGCCGACUUUGACGGCGACGAAAUGAACGCUCACUUCCCUCAGAGCGAACUGGCCCGAGCCGAGGCCUACACGCUGGUCAGCACCGAUCAGCAGUACCUCGUCCCCAAGGACGGUACACCUUUAGCAGGUCUGAUCCAGGACCACAUGGUGUCGGGUACGAGGAUGACGAUACGUGGCUGUUUCUUCACGAGAGUGCAGUACAUAGAGCUGGUAUACAGAGGACUGACUGACAAACCAGGCAGAGUCAAAUUGCUGCCACCCGCCAUUAUAAAACCACAGCAGCUAUGGACAGGGAAGCAGGUGGUUUCCACACUCCUGCUGAAUGUUAUCCCACAGAACGCAGUGCCUCUCAAUCUGGUUGGAAAAUCCAAAAUCCCCAGCAAAGCGUGGAUCCAAGUCCCUCCCCGAGCUGCCCCAGGAUACAAACCUGACAGCAUGUGUGACUCACAG